UUGAGAAGAAGGAAAGUGUUCGCUCGGAGCAACAGCGGUGGGAUUAAACAUGCUGACACGAUUUUAGCAUACUUGUUAUCGGUUCUCUUGCUGUGUCGGAUAGCGUUCUCUCAAUACUCCAGCGACCAGUGUAGUUGGAAGGGCAGUGGUCUAACCCAUGAGGGCCACACCCGUGAUGUGGAGCAGGUCUACCUACGUUGUUCCCAGGGUUCCCUCGACUGGCUCUACCCUACAGGGGCCGUCAUCGUCAACCUGCGGCCCAACACCCUGUCCCCGGCAGCCGCCCGUCUCUCCGUCUGCAUCAAGCCCUCUAGGGACUCCCACGGGGCUAACAUCUACCUGGACCGGGCCGGGAAGCUGCGCCUGCUGCUCAGGGAGCAGGACCAGGCCCAGGGGAAGGUGACCUGCUUCAGCAUCCAGGAGGGGUCUCUGUUCAUAGAGGCCAUACCUCACAGAGACAUCAGUAAGAGGAUCACCUCGUUCCAGUAUGAGCUGGUUACAGAGAGGACCGGGGCUGGAGCUGGAGCCUUGACUGGGGUGGAGCCACAAGCACUGUCUGGUAAGAUACAAUCCUAUUGUUGUUGCUUUGGUCAUUAAAGGGGAAGUUCAGUAUGACUAAAGCACUGUCUGGUAAGAUACAAUCCUAUUGUUGUUGCUUUGGUCAUUAAAGGGGAAGUUCAGUAUGGCUAAAGCACUGUCUGGUAAGAUACACUCCUAUUGUUUGUUGUGCUUUGGUC